UCUGUAUCGAGUGCGUGAAGGUAAAUAAGUUGUGUUAUUGGCGAUCUGAAAAAAAGUGAUUUGUUAGUGUUUGGCAUGUGUAACAUUGCUGACGGAUUCAAGUACAUGAUUUUUAAACUCCAUGCAUAUUUGCAUUUAUAUUUGGUCACUUAACCGACAAAAGUGAGGCAAUUGAAUCCAGGCGUGUCCAAGCUGUUAAAGAAGCCAACGUUGAUAAAGAUCCAAGACUGAAAAAACAAGACUGAGUUUCCAUCAUUUGAACAGAAACAACUGUAAUAUAAUUGCAGGAAGAAAAGAACGAGGCAUGAUUAAAUGCACAAAAUCAACACACGCUCACAAAGGCAUAGGAACGAUCUGCUGAAUUACUACGACUCAACAGCACUCCAAACAUUACACUCUUUUGAAGCAGAGCCAAAGAAGAACUGUGUGCAGUUUCCUAAACAACCUUUCAGUGAAAUGGUGGACACACAGACGUUUUCCUGGCCCAUGGGAUUUGGCCUAAGCGCUCUGGACCUAGAGGGACUUGAUGACAGCUCACACUCUCUGGACAUGAAGCCUUUCUCCAUGAUCAAUGACUAUACACCCGUCUCUGGCAUUGAGUACGCACCUAGCCCGGGCCAGAGUGAGCCGACGCACAUGACGGAUCUGACACACAUGUACAACUACAGAGCCCAAGAGAACAACUACAGAGCUCAUGAGAACAGCUAUAGACUGCAAGAGAACAGCUAUAGAGCACAGGAGAACAGCUACAGAGCACAAGAGAGCAGCUACAGAGCGCAAGAAAGCAGCUACAGAGCACAAGAGAGCUGCUACAGACCACAAGAAAGCAGCUAUAGGGCACAAGAAAGCAGCUAUAGGGCACAUGAUAUCGGCUAUAGACCACAAGAGAGCAACUACAGAACUCAGGAAGACAACUACAAAGUACAUGAAACUCAAAGUUCCAUUAAACUUGAGCCCGAGUCUCCACCACAGUAUGCAGAAGGCAGCAUGACGUUCACAAAACAACACGAAGAUCCUUCCACAUCGGCUUUAAACAUUGAGUGUCGAGUGUGUGGGGACAAAGCUUCUGGAUUCCACUAUGGUGUUCAUGCCUGUGAGGGAUGCAAGGGGUUCUUUCGCCGUACAAUUCGCCUAAAGCUAGUCUACGAUCAUUGUGCCCUGCACUGCCGCAUCCACAAGAAAAGUCGCAACAAGUGCCAGUACUGUCGCUUCCAGAAGUGCCUGAUGGUGGGAAUGUCGCAUAAUGCCAUUCGCUUUGGCCGCAUGCCCCAGGCAGAGAAGGAGAAGCUCUUGGCUGAGGUUUCUUCCGAUCUGGAGCACAUGCACCCGGAGGCGGCUGACUUAAGGGCCCUGGCCAAGCAUCUUUACGAGAGCUAUCUGAAGAACUUCCCUUUGACCAAAGCCAAGGCCAGGGCCAUCCUCUCAGGGAAAACCAGUGACAAUGCUCCGUUCGUUAUCCAUGAUAUGAAGUCUCUGCUAGAAGGGGAACAGUUCAUAAACUGUCGUCAGAUCCCACGGCAGGACCAUCAUAGGCAUCUGAGUGUGAACUCGGUUCAGUCAGACCUGCAAUGUGAGGUGGAGCUGCGAUUCUUCUACAGCUGCCAGUCACGCUCAGCCGAGGCAGUCAGCGAGGUCACAGAGUUUGCCAAGACCAUCCCGGGCUUCCUGAACCUCGACCUCAACGACCAGGUUACACUGCUCAAGUAUGCAGUCAUUGAGGUCCUCAUCAUCAUGAUGGCCCCUCUCAUGAACAAGGAUGGCACACUUAUCUCAUACGGUCAGAUCUUCAUGACACGCGAGUUCCUCAAGAGCCUGCGCAAGCCCUUCAGUGAAAUGAUGGAGCCCAAGUUUGAAUUUUCUGUCAAGUUUAACACGCUGGAGCUCGACGACAGCGACAUGGCUCUCUUCUUGGCCGUCAUUAUUCUCAGUGGAGAUCGUCCAGGCCUGCUGAAUAUGAAGCCCAUUGAGGAUCUACAGGAGAACGUUCUCCACUCACUGGAGCUCCAUCUUAAAAUGAACCACCCGGAUUCCGUCCAUCUUUUCGCCAAAGUUCUGCAGAAGAUGACUGACGUGAGGCAGAUUGUUUCCGAUCACGUUCGCUUGAUGCAGUUGCUCAAAGAGUCCGAGAUCCAAAUGUGUUUACAUCCACUGCUGCAGGAGAUCAUGAAGGACCUGUACUAGGGUCUGGAUUGGCUUGUGUUAGCUGAACAUUUAGAUGUGAUCAUGCUUUGGUUUCCUGCUAAGGGUCUUUUUUCCUGCCAUCUGUGAACAAACAGAGGAAGAUGGAGUAAUCUGUGGUGGGUUUCCCAAAAGCCUCUUGACGCUAAGAGCAACUAGGAGAGAGAGAGAGAGAGAGAGUGUUUAUUGUGCUGCUUGCUUGACCAUUUAACGAUGAUCUUUGUGCCACGGUGCUUUUGGGAAACUCACCACUAUCAGCCUGUUAGACAGAGAAGGUCACUUCUUUAAUGAGUGAAGUCCUGAUAUAAUGGGAAGACAAAUAUAUUCUAUAUUUUAUUUGGUUAAAAAAUGCACAGAAGUAUUUGGAGAAAGCUGCCUUUAAACCUGGAUUGGAAUUUUUUUUUCCCCCAAGAGAGUGCACGUUCAUUUAUCUUGCUUGCCAAAAAAGUUGGAGUUUUAAGAGUUAAUAAUAAAAAUGUCAUAAACCCAGAUUAAACCGAAAUGAUAUAAAGUUUUAAAUUCUUUGCUGAUGUGAACAGCUAAAAGUAAUAAUAUCUGUGACAGUUUUGUACGUUGUUCUCACUGGGGAAUUAUCCAUGUGAAAGCUUUAAUUUUUGAUCCUCUAAUGUUUUUGUAAAUAAAAUAAACAGAUUUAUAAUGCCAGCCUCUGUGCAGGCCUUGUCAUAGCUGUUUCGCAUUGAAAAUGGUUGAUGAAAUGCUUGAAAAAUUGUAAAUAAAUAUUUUCGCAGAA